CAUGGGAUCAGUUCAUAUAAGAUUGAAUAUUUAAACCGGUGUUUUAAUUAAAAUAGAAACAUAUUAGUUUAUAAACAAUACAAAAAGCUAUAAAAUAAAUAUAUAAUAAAUUAAAUAUCGAAUAAUAUAAUGUCUUUACGUUACAAAAAUAUAUUUUUAAUAGCAUUAUGUUUAGCAACAACAAUAGCAUAUCCAAAAAUAAAAAAUGACUGUAAUAAAAAAUUAACAAAUGAAAAAGAAAAUAAUAACAAUAUUAACAAAAACUGUGAGUCAAAUCAACAAUUAACAAUUGAAUCCAAAGAACAGUUGGAUACUGUCUUAGAAACACAUAGAGAACAUAAACGAGAUUUACAAUGGGGAUAUAGCACUUCAUCAAAAGUAUUUUUUCCUGAUGACGAAUACCUAUUACAUUUAGGUAUACCAUAUAUAAAUAAUGACAAAGCCAUCGAAAUAUUACAUGCUGGUCCAAAAUCUCUAGACCCCAGUGAAAGUCCAAAAAGCACUGAAACAACCACAAUACCUAGCACUACUACUUCUAAUCCCAAAGAUAAAUCUUCUUCCGAUGAUAUACCUUUAAGUGAACUUACUAAUUUAUCACUGGAUCUUGACGAUGAAGUGUCUGUGGGUCAAAAAAUUGAAAUGAAACUUUCCGAUUUAAAAUCAGAUACUGAUUCGCUUAACCCAACUGGUGUGGAAAUUUUAAAAAAUACAUCUCUUAUUUGUGGUUCAUCAUUGGGUAAAAGAAUUUCGUUUGCUAAUGAAACUACUUUAAUGGAAUUUCCAUGGACGGCUUUACUUUUGUAUAACACUAAAAUACGUUAUCAUUGUGGUGGCAGUCUAAUAACGACACAAUAUGUUCUAACAGCUGCUCAUUGUGUAGCUCAGGAAUUUUAUGAAUUGAAUGGUGUACGUUUGGGUGAACAUGAUGUUACCGAAGAUCCAGACUGUGCCCCGGACUUAACUGGUAAUGAUAUAUGUGCUACCACAGUGGAUGCUGCUGUCCUUAAAAUUAUAGUUCAUCAUGCGUAUUCACAUUUAUCGUUUAAAAAUGAUAUUGCACUGUUGAAGCUGGAUAAGGAGUAUUUAAGUAGAUCAUUUUAUCCAAUUUGUAUACCACCUCCCGAUAUGGCAUUUAACAACGGAAGAGCUCUUGUAGCUGGCUGGGGUGCUACUGAAAAAACAAUACGUUCUGCCAUUUUACUAAAAGCUGAGGUACCUAUUUUAGAUAUUUCAAAAUGUAGGGAAGUAUAUCGUAAUAGUGUUUUCAAUGAUUCAACGGAAAUCUGUGGAUCUGGUGUUAACGAAAUUGAUGUUUGCAAAGGCGAUUCGGGUGGUGCAAUAUUUUAUCGCCAAAGUAGUGGCAAAAGAGAAAAAUAUCAUAUGUUGGGCAUUAUAUCGCUGGGAGUAAGACGUUGUGGUGAUAGUCGUUUCCUACCUGCAGUAUUUACAAAAUUGAAUGGUUUUUAUAAAUGGAUUGAAAAUAAUUUGGAGUUGUAAUUAAAUUGUUGUUUUUUAACUAUAAAUAGAUGUAAAUAUAAUAAAAUGUCAAUAAUAUUUUUUUAUUAUCCUAUAAUAAGUAAAACAAAUAACUUUAUAACAUCAUAAAUUGCUAUCCUAACAGAUACAAACUUAAAAAUAAACUCCUUUUCUGAUGUGUUGCCUAUUAUUGAAUUCAUAAACAUAAAGUGAUAUCUG